CUCUUAGUCUGUGAUUGUAAUAAGACAACAUCAGCAGAGAAAGUUGAAUUUUGCCUGCUAACAAAGUUUUUUUUGACACGACAGACUUGCCAAGCAGCUUCUGGCGAAGAUGGAAUCCAGUGUACUGUUGCAUGUGACCUGCAUUGAAAAUUCUAUUUGUGAACCUAAAUGGCUAUGUGUAUACUUCUGGGGUGUUGAGCACAAAAAACACUUAACCAUGAGAAACUACAUAGAAUCUAUUCAGUUGCAACUGGAAAAAAAACCUCACAAAUUCAAUGCAAAGAAGCUAGCUAUUAAUCAGCAAGACAUAUAUUUUGUGCAAGUCAAGAGUGAGUGGCAGCGAGUCAAAGUCUCCCAACCAAAACAAGAUCUUGAUGGGUCCCUUGAGGUCUUCUGUAUUGAUAGUGGAAGCAAACAUGUGAUUUCUGAUAAGAAUGAUUUACGUACAGUGGAGAAGACUGGCAGCGCAGCAGAUGACAUUCAUCAGUGGCCUCCAUUAGCUAGUAGAUUUGUUCUUGCUGAUUUAGUUCAGCCUUUACGUGAUACUGGCAGUCACUGGAGUACACGUGAAAUGGCCAUCUUUGGUGCAAAAAUGAGUAGCAAAACAUGGACAGCUGUACCAAUAAACUUCAUCAAUGAAUGCCAAAGUGUAAGGCUCUUUGAUGCGACAAAUCAGCCUCUUGUCAAUCUUCUGGCAAGCAUGGGUGUUGCCAGCAACUUCUGCUCUAUGCCUUCACUGAAAAGUACCACUCUUCCAGUCAUCCAAGGAAAUCCAACGACCAUAACUCAGAUCCCUGGUGUUAAUUUAGCUGCAGAAGAGAACCUUUUCGUCACUUUCUCAGAAAAGCCUGGUUCUUUCUUUGGAAAGCUAGAGAAGAUGCUAGUCGAAGCAAAAGACGAGAUGGCGACUGAGUUGUUCAAAGUCUACUCUUCGCUACCAAAUCCUCCCUUUUUAUACGUCGAUAACCAAAGUCGCUUGGGACAUUAUGGUGUACUGCAAUGGAACGAGGGCCAAAACUACAAUAGUUUCCGUCGCGUUCUUAUAACCAGUGAGCUGGCCAACGACCUCGUAAAAGUCUACUUGAUCGAUUACGGGCAAAGUGUCUUGACAUCAUGCUUUAAAAUCUUGGCUCCUCUUGAUUGUUUGGACCAUUUCCGCCAACCACCACACGGCAUCCUUUGCAAACUGGAUUUGAAUAUCUCGCCUGAUGUCUUAGUUUGGAAUCAAUUCAUCUUGGACAAACGGGUCAAAGUUAAAGUCGGAGAAUGCGUGGGAGGAAUCUACGUCGUCACUUUCGUAGAUGAUUCAAUCAAAAACGAGCUUGAAAAUAUAGUUCUACGAAAGGCCGUCGACAUAUUUACCACACCAGCGUCGACAAAAAAAACUUUUCCGCUUGUUAAACCAAAGACUUCGUCUCUGCCGGUCUUUGAGAACGAACCACCAAGGAUGCUUUGUAAAUAUCCUCCCCAGAAGACGGAUUUUGUUCCAGAGCAAAUUAUUUCUGCCCACGCCAUUGUUACUUACUUCAAUUCAUUUACUGAAUUCUGGAUUCAGCUGGAACCGCAGUUGGUCACCACCAUAAUGGAACGCAUCAACAGUUUGAUCCUUGAUCCCAAGUUCGUCAACCAAAAGGAUAUCUCUGCAACCAUCGGCAAGCCUUGCCUAGCUUUCUACCCUGUUGAUGGAAAGUGGCAUCGAGCGAUUGUCCAAGCUCUCAACGGAAAUAUGAUCACGGUCUGCUAUGUCGACUAUGGCAUUAGUUACACUUUGCGAACCAGCUAUUUGCGGGAAUUACCCCAGGAUUUGAUUACGUUGCCGGCCUUGGCAUUCAAGUGUUGCCUGGAUGGAUCAGAAUUGUUAUCGAAAGUCGACUUCGCCGAUGCCUUGAAAGAUCGCUUCUUGAAAAGCUCUGCCUUCGGCGUACUGUUUUGUAAGGUCGUUGAUGGAGUCCUGCACAUUCGUCUACGUCACGUCCAGACUCCAGACAAUGAGUCCUAACCACCUAAACCGGUUAUUAUAAAAUCCUCAACAUGCCCCACCAAAUUUCAGAAAUCUACUCAGUUCCACGUUAGACGAACAAAAAGACCAAAAUCGCAAAUUGACAGCUUUUCGUUACCAGUUUACCUGCCAACCUUAAAAAGAUUCAUAGACUUUGAUUUUGAUCCCUUCGACACCAGACGCUGGAGUGCUGUCACUUAGGAGCGCAAAUUCCCCUUUCCCACGCAAGAUUUUUUAUGAACCCGACUGUUACGGAAAUUAUAGCAUUAGUUAAAUGCUGCACUGUAGUAGUGCACUCGUUGUCUAAACAUUUUAGUCUCAAUAUUAAACCUCGUUCGUUUUUCAAAAUUUAUUACCUUUGCGAAAAUUUUAAAGCAAGCUGUUGUUUGACUUGUUUCAUUGUCUGUGCAAGAGAUCAUUACCUUCAUUUUUUUUCACUGUGCAUGCAGUAUGUAACGCAGUUUACCUUUCGGCAUUUCUUUCCAGUUCCUUUUUGAAAAAUUAAUUUAUAAUAAACUAACGUGGAUGUUA